AUGGCGUCUUCCUCCUCCAACUCCUCGUCAACUUCGUCCUCCUCCACGCCUUCAACUCCCUCCGCCGCUCGGGUCCCCUCCGACUCCGAGAGGGUGCGGCCUCGGCUCCCCACCUCCGCUCCAGCAGCGAGCGCCGCCCUCGGCGUCGUACCUGGCGCCGCCAUCGCCUCCGCCUCCGCGCCCGGCGUCUCCCGCUCCAUCAAACGACCUCCGACGACAUACACCCCCACCGCCUGGGGCGGCUCCAAAGGCGUCCCCCAGCCCAGCUACUUCGCUCGCGAUCACCAGAGGGGAAGGGGAGGUCGGUCUCGGAACUCCAUGGGCGUAUCCCAGCACGUCUCUCGCAAGCCGUCGCAGAAGUCGGGGUGGCAGAGCGCAGCGGACCCGACGUCGACGUUCGCUCCGUCGAGGUUGUCCAUCGAAGGCUCGUCGUCGUCUCCGUCGGCAUGGUCCAAGCCCCUUCCCAGGUUGAGCACCGUGGCUUCAACCCCGACGGACACCAGGCCCGCCUCCGCCGCCUCGUCGAGCACCACGCUGACGCCGUCACCCGACAUCACGCUGGUGCCCAACGCGCCAGGCUCCGCGCCCGUCGUGGCGACGAGCGCCGAUACCGCGCCAGAGCCGGACGCGUCCACCUCUUCCGCGCCCGGCGGGACGACGAUCGCCGACCUCGCGCUAGAGCCGGACGCGCUCAACUCCGCCUCCUGUUCUUUGCCCGGCGUGGCAAUGACCGUCGACGCCGCGCUGGAGCCAGAUGCGUCGACCGCCUCCACCCCCUCUUCCGCGCCCGGCGUGACGACGAUCGCCGACCCUUCCGCCACGACUUCUGCACCUGGAGCAGCACCGAUCAUCCCCAGCCUUCGAGACAACUGGGUUGCUCUACACUGGGGCAUAGUGCCACGGUCCGUGGAGCUGGAGCCUUGUCCCGGGCAGCAGGCGCUCGGCGGCAACGGCAUGCCUCCCGUCGAAGCCCUCUAUCCGGACCCGUUGUGCCCGUGGCGAGAGCAGGUCCCGCCGCGGUCGUUCGGCGUCCUGCUGUGUUGGGAGUGCCGCAACCGACCUGCACGGGUCCAUGCUAGACCUUGCGACCAUUUGGCCAUCUGCGUCCGGUGCUACUGCUACUUCAACAGCAACAGGUUCGUCUGCCCCUACUGUGCCAUGCCUAUUACCUGGCUACUGUAGCGUUCAGAUACCUAUCGAUUCUUGCUGGUAGCAUAUUGCGAAUUGCAAAUGCUGUUGCUCGGUGAAACCAAUCGAUUAGUAUAGUUCUAGUUCUGGGUAACAUUUGGAUAAUCUUGGUGCAAAGUUCUUGGCAACAUUUGGAUAAUCUUGGUUCAAAGUUCUUGGCAACAUUUGGAUAAUCUUGGUUCAAAGUUCUUGGUAACAUUUGGAUAAUCUUGGUUCAAAGCCACGUGGGCUGGGAUGUUGAUCUUUGAAACAUCCAGUAAAAUUUAGAUAAUCUUGGUUCAAAGUCACGUUGGGUAUAACAUUUGGUUCAAAGCUUCUUUUCAUCGACUGCAUCUCUGGUUCAAAGCUUCUUUUUUAUAAAUGCA